UGCUCGCCUCACACUCUGGCGCUCGGUCGGGAUUUCGGAACCAGCACCGGAGGAGAAUCACAGGAGGAAGAAAGACUGGGGGGCGGGGGGGGGCGGCGUUUGGAACUAAAACAAGGCGAUUCGGGGACGCCAACUUCGUCAAGUUGAGGGAAGAAGCGACUUUGUGCAGUAUUUCAGCAUGGAGGCGGUACGACGAGGUUCUAAAGAAGAUUGAGUGAACCAUGGCACAGUUCCCCACCACAUUCGCAGGUCUGGACGUGUUCCUGAUUUCGGUGGAUGAGAGAGCCAAACAUGACCAGCAGUUUCACAGCCUCUCUCCCACCGCGGGGGGUUACAUCACGGGGGAUCAGGCGAGGAACUUCUUCCUGCAGUCCGGACUGCCACCGCCCAUCCUGGCCCAAAUCUGGGCUCUGGCCGACAUGAACAGUGACGGCCGCAUGGACAUCCACGAGUUCUCCAUCGCCAUGAAGCUCAUCAAGCUUAAACUCCAGGGUCACCCGCUUCCUCCCGCGUUACCCCCCAGUAUGAAACAGCCCCCUCUGUCUUUACCCCCGCAAGCUGCCUUCGGCAUGCCCCCCAUGCCCUCCAUGGCGCCCAUCGGUGCUGCUCUGCCGGGCGUGCCCCCUCUCCCGCUCCCUCCUCUACCCGUUGGGGUGUCGCCGCCUCUGGUCUCAGCGGCGCCGCCUCCCCUCCCGCCGCCCAUGGCCAACGGAGCCCCUACCACGGGCAUGAUGCAACCCAUCCCAGGCUUCUCCCACCCAGCUUCUUCGAUCAACACGGCCUCCUUCAACCGUUCCAGCGUCAAAUUGCAGAAGGGUCCGUCGUUUGAUGUCAGCGGUGGUCAGCCCCCCGUCGACUGGGCCGUCCCUCAGUCGUCGAGGCUCAAGUACAGGCAGCUGUUUAACUCUCACGACAAGAUGAUGAGCGGCCACCUGACAGGUCCGCAGGCGCGCACCAUCCUCAUGCAGUCCAGUCUUCCCCAGGGCCAGCUAGCCUCAAUAUGGAGCCUGUCAGACAUCGACCAGGAUGGGAAGCUGACGGCAGAGGAGUUCAUCUUGGCCAUGCACCUCAUAGACAUGGCCAUGUCCGGCCUGCCUCUGCCCCCUGUGCUCCUGCCAGAUUAUAUCCCUCCUACAUUCAGGCGUGUGCGAAGCGACAGCAUUCAGUCGGACCAGAAGAGCGUCCCCGAGGAGGUGGAGGAGGAGCUGGAGAGCAACCAGGACAAGAAACUCCCAGUCACGUUCGAGGAUAAGAAGCGGGAGAAUUUUGAGCGAGGGAACUUGGAGCUGGAGAAGCGACGUCAGGCCCUGCAGGAGCAGCAGAGGAAAGAACAGGAGAGGCUAGCGGCACUGGAGAGGGAAGAACAGGAGAGGAAGGAGCGCGAGAGGUUGGAGCAAGAGAGGAGGCGACAGCAGGAGUUGGACAAGCAGUUGGAGAAGCAGAGGGAGCUGGAGAGGCAGAGAGAAGAGGAGAGACGCAAAGAAAUUGAGAGGAGAGAGGCUGCUAAGCGUGAGCUGGAGCGGCAGAGGCAGCUGGAGUGGGAGCGGCAGCGUCGCCAGGAGCUUCUGACCCAGAGGAACCGAGAGCAGGAGAGCAUCGUUCUGCUCAAAGCUCGCAAGAAGACCCUGGAGUUUGAACUGGAGGCUCUGAACGACAAGAAGAGCCAGUUGGAAGGCAAACUGAAGGACGUCCGGUUCCGUCUGUCGGCCCAGCGCAGGGAAGUGGAGCAGACCAACCAGACCAGGGAGACUCGUAUCGCUGAGAUUACGCUGUUGCAACAGCAGCUGCAAGACUCCCAGCAUUGGCUCGGGAGUCUCAUUCCCGACAAGCAGAGUCUCAACGAACAGCUGAAACAGGUUCAACAGAACAGCCUGCACCGCGACAGCCUGUCGUCACUGCAGAAGGCCGUGGACCAGAAGGAGUCCAGCAGACAGCAGCUCAAAGAGCAGCUCGACACGGUGGAGAGGGAAACGAGGGCCAAGCUGCUGGAGAUCGAUGCUUUCAACACUCAGCUGAAGGAGCUGAGGGAGAUCCACAGCCGGCAGCAGAGGCAGAAGCAGAGGGAGCUGGAAGGAGACGCACACUCGAUGAUGCACACGCACACGCCUAUUGACAGGAAGUCUGCUGAACUGGAGGAAAGCAGGCUGUCCUCGGACAAAGCUCCGGCUUGGAGGAACGACGACCCAGGAAGUUCCGCCCUGAAGGCGCCUAGUCCCGCUUCCGCCUCGCACGCCUGGCUAAACCGAGUGACUCAAGAGGAAGAGGAAAGGAAGCGGCGAGGCCUGGAGGAGGAUGCGGAAGGUCGGAAGACUGCGGGUCCCGUGGAGGAGAAGGACGAGGAGGCUCGAGGCAAGAAGGACAUGCAGGAGAAACUCAACAAACUCUUCAGCCAGCAGACCGAUCCCUGGGCUUCGACAGAUAAGGCUCCAGCGGUGAGCCUGUUUGAGCAGAAGGCAGCAGUCAGCGGCUUUGAGCAGCAGCAGCACCAGGCGGUGAAGGUGGUCUACUACAGAGCGCUCUACCCGUUUGAUGCCCGCAGCCACGAUGAGAUCAGCAUCGCCCCCGGUGACGUCAUCAUGGUGAAGGGGGAAUGGGUGGACGAGUCUCAGACGGGUGAGCCCGGUUGGCUGGGCGGGGAGCUCAGGGGCCGGACCGGUUGGUUUCCGGCCAAUUACGCCGAGCGGAUACCUGAGAGCGAAGCGCCCGUUAGCCUGCGAGCGGCCGCCUCUGCCACGCCGACCUCUGCCCAGCAGCCCAUCGGUACACCGCCGCCCGCGCCCGGUCAGAGCUCUUCCUCCACGUCGUCAGCCAACAGUAACUGGGCCGACUUCAGCACCACCUGGCCGUCGACCACGAGCAGCCAGAUGGACAGCGAGGGGUGGGACGCGUGGCCCACCUCCUCCGCCGCCCAGAAUCCGUCCCUCGGCGUCCCGUCCGCUCAGCUGCGGCAGCGCUCGGCCUUUACGCCGGCUACCAUGACCGCAGGCUCCUCGCCCUCUCCCGUGCUCGGCCAGGGGGAGAAGGUGGAGGGUCUGCAGGCCCAGGCCUUGUACCCCUGGAGAGCCAAGAAGGACAACCACCUCAACUUCAACAAAAACGAGGUAAUAACGGUGCUGGAGCAGCAGGACAUGUGGUGGUUGGGAGAGCUUCAGACCGGACAGAGAGGAUGGUUCCCCAAAAGCUACGUUAAGCUCAUCUCUGCCACCAUGACGCCCCCACUUGCGCUCCCCGUGGGAGCUCCAAUUGCAGCCCCAGUCGUUGCCUCCGCACGUGGCAAAAACGCAAGCGAAUGUGUAGUCUCAGAAAGCCCCCCCAAUGGAAAACGCCCCUCACCCACCCCAUGCAAGACCUCCGAGUCAGGAGAAGAGUACGUGGCCAUGUACACGUACGAGAGCAGUGAGCAGGGCGACCUGAGUUUCCAGCAAGGAGAUGUCGUCACGGUGACCAGGAAGGAGGGCGACUGGUGGACCGGCACGGUGGCGGGCAAGACCGGGGUCUUCCCCUCCAACUACGUCAAACUGCGAGACGCCUCCUCGGAGUCUUUAGGACCAGCAGGAAAGACGGGGAGCCUUGGCAAGAAACCAGAGAUCGCCCAGGUGAUCGCCCCCUACUGCGCAACGGGAGCGGAGCAGCUGACGUUAGCGCCGGGCCAGCUCAUCCUCAUAAGGAAGAAGAACCCGGGUGGCUGGUGGGAGGGCGAGCUCCAGGCCCGAGGGAAAAAGCGGCAAAUCGGCUGGUUUCCGGCCAAUUACGUGAAGCUGCUCAGCCCCAGCACCAGCAAGACAACGCCCACCGAGCCCACACCCCCAAAACUGGUCCCUGCCAACACUGCCGUGUGCCAGGUGAUCGGCAUGUACGACUACGUGGCGCAGAAUGACGACGAGCUGGCCUUCCAGAAGGGUCAGGUGAUCACCGUGCUCAACAAGGACGACUGCGAUUGGUGGAAAGGCGAGCUGAACGGUCGCGAGGGUCUCUUCCCCAGCAAUUACGUGAAACUCACCACCGACACGGACCCCAGCACGCAGUGGUGCGCCGACCUGCACCUGCUGGACAUGCUGAGUCCCAUGGAGAGAAAACGUCAGGGCUACAUCCACGAACUCAUUCUCACCGAGGAGAACUACGUCAACGACCUGCAGCUCGUCACUGAGAUCUUCCACAAGCCUCUGCUGGAGUGCGAGCUGCUGAGCGAGAAGGAGGUGGCCAUGAUCUUUGUCAACUGGAAGGAGCUCAUCAUGUGCAACAUCAAGCUGCUCAAAGCGCUGAGGGUGAGGAAGAAAAUGUCCGGCGACCGCAUGCCCGUCAAGAUGAUCGGCGACAUCCUGACCAAUCAGCUGCCGCACAUGCAGCCGUACAUCAGGUUCUGCUCGUGUCAGCUGAACGGGGCCACGCUGAUUCAGCAGAAAACGGACGACAACCCCGAAAUUAAAGAUUUCCUCAAGAGGUUGGCCAUGGACCCUCGCUGUAAGGGGAUGCCGCUCUCCAGCUUCCUGCUCAAACCCAUGCAAAGAGUCACUCGCUACCCGCUCAUCAUCAAGAACAUCUUGGAAAACACUCCGGAGUCGCAUCCUGACCACAAUCACCUGAAAGCCGCGCUGGAAAAGGCAGAGGAGUUGUGCUCGCAGGUAAACGAGGGUGUGAGGGAGAAGGAGAACUCUGAUCGUCUGGAGUGGAUCCAAGCUCACGUUCAGUGUGAAGGCCUUUCGGAGCAACUGGUGUUCAACUCGGUCACCAACUGUUUGGGGCCGCGCAAGUUCCUCCACAGCGGAAAACUGUUCAAAGCCAAAAGCAGCAAGGAGCUCUACGGCUUCCUCUUCAACGACUUUCUGCUGCUGACGCAGGUGACCAAACCUCUGGGCUCGUCCGGAUCCGACAAAGUCUUCUCAUCCAAAACGCACCUGCAGUAUCGCAUGUACAAGACGCCCAUCUUCCUCAACGAAGUUCUGGUGAAACUCCCGACGGACCCGUCGGGAGACGAGCCCCUCUUCCACAUCUCUCACAUCGACAGAGUUUACACCCUCAGGGCCGAGAGCAUCAACGAGCGGACGGCGUGGGUCCAGAAGAUCAAGGCCGCUUCCGAACUCUUCAUCGAAACGGAGAAGAAGAAGAGAGAGAAAGCAUAUCUGGUGCGUUCCCAGAGGGCGACGGGCAUCGGAAGGCUGAUGGUCAACAUCGUGGAGGGAAUCGAACUCAAACCGUGUCGCUCGCACGGGAAAAGCAAUCCUUACUGUGAGGUCACCAUGGGCUCUCAGUGCCAUAUCACCAAAACUCUGCAGGACACGCUGAAUCCCAAGUGGAACUCCAACUGCCAGUUUUUCAUCAAGGACCUGGAGCAGGACGUCCUGUGCGUCACCGUGUUUGAACGGGACCAGUUCUCGCCGGACGACUUCCUCGGCAGGACGGAGAUCCGAUUGGCCGAGAUCAAGAAGGACCAAGGCUCCAAGGGACCGAUCACCAAGCGCUUGCUGCUCCACGAAGUUCCCACCGGCGAGAUCGUGGUCAGGCUGGACCUCCAGCUCUUCGAGGAGCCCUGAAAGCGCUCCGGGAUCGUUAUUAUUAUCAGGACGCGACUGUCUUGGAGACUGAAAAGAAACCCAGACGGCUACUUUAUUCUUAUUCUUGUUAUUUAUUUACUGAGCAGUAGAAGAAGUUGAAUCGUCAGCUGGUAAGUUGGACCACGAGGCAGCUCGCUUGCAAAUUUUCACGUGGACCAAGAACAAUUCAUUUUGACAGGCAGAACUCAAGCAAAAGCCACAAUGCAAACAACAGGGGGCGACGCAACAACAAAGGUUUUUUUUGGUUUUGUCUGGUUUCAGAGGAAAAGCUCUUCUCCAAAAGUGUUAGCUUGUUGCUCACUGCUAAUCCAAGGCGACAUCCGACUUAACUGUUUCCUCAUUCAGACGCGCACUCCAGUGACAAUCCCUCACCUGUGUGUGCGUGCGUGCGUGUGUGUCUGUCACCCUCAUGACGUUUUCAUUACGUGUACACGUUUAAUGGCAGAAGCUAAGAGUGCUAAUUAGUUAAGGGGCAACAGUAGGCGAGUGUUGAGGGUAAUCGAUUUAGUUUAUUUUUUUUUGUACCUAUAAAAAUGAUUACUUUUGUUCUUUUUUGUUACCUCUAAGGAUAUAGUUUUUACAUUUGUGGACAGUAAAAAAAAAAAAUAUUUUUACUUAUGAAGUUAGUUAAUUUAAAUUUUGUUUUCAUAUUUCCACAUUUUUUACCAUGAGGAUAAUUCACUUUUUUUCUUUGUCAUUUUUUAACUCAAGGAUAGUUACAUAAUAUUUAUUUAUUUUUUACCUGCAAAGAUAAUUAACUUCCUUUUUUUUUUUUUUACCUAUUAGCAUAAUUAAUGUCAUUUUUUCAAACCCAUGAUGAUAAUUAAGUUUUGCUUCUCCAUUUUUUUACCCAUAAGGAUAAUUAAUUUACUUCUUUAACCUGAGGACAAUUUCCUAUUUUUCUUUUUUUAAACCCAUAAAUAUAAUUUAUUUUACCUAUAUUUUUUCAACCCAUGACUAUAGCGUGAUAAUGACGAUUGUUUUCAUUCAUAUUUUUAAACCCAUGAGGAUAAUUGAAUUUUCUUUCCAUAUUAUUUGCCUACAAGGAUAAUUAUUUUUUUCUCUUUUUUUCACCCAUAAGAAGAGUUAAAUUGUUUUUUUCUUGUGACCGUAAUGAAUUUACCUGUUCUCAUUUUUGUCAAUUUUUCAACCCAUGAAGAAAAUUGAAUUGUGCUUCCAUUUUUCUCCCCCACCCAUAAGGACAAUUCACUUUUUUUUUCCUUUUUUUUACCUAUGAGGAUCAUUAAAUAACUUUACCAGUACGUAUUUGUUUUUAACCAAUGAAGAUAAAACGUAAGGAUAAGGAGCAGGGCAAGUCAACAAAGAAUAAUAAUUUUGCAAAUUAUGGUACAUAGUAGCUGUAUUUUCUUUUGUUUUCAGGCGUGCGAGGGUUUGUGUUGUUUCAUUUGCGACUUCACUCCUGCACGCGCACACGGGCUGCAGUCAUUUUCAAAUGUUGUUGCAAAUCCCACGUUUCCCCCCACACUGUAAACAAUCGACGAUUACCUUAGCGACCAGCCACUGUCCAACCAGACGUCAGCGCGCCAGUUGUGUGUCUUGACAAUGAGGAAAAAAAAUGUCUUAAGUGUGUAUUUUCCUCCAGGGACCCCCUGGAAACUCCUCCCACUGUAGUCAAAGUCAGCUAAUGAACCCGUUCUAACUGUCCGCCUUCCUUCCAGGCUGCUGUAUAAUAACUACUGAGACAAAGCGAGUGUUAAUAUAUGACCGUAUGGACGAUAGAAGACGGACGUCGCUCUAGAUGAAGAUGUACGUACCUUGUUGUCUUUUCAGUGUUAAUAAAGUUCCAAAUAAACUUCAGUUGGACCAACA